CCGAGGCGCGGCGGGCUCGGAAGUCGAGGCCGGUCAGAGCUAAGAAUAUUAGCAAGCCAAGUCAUGGAUACACCUGCGCGCAAGGAAAAAUCCAAAGUUAAAGAACCUGUUGGCAGAGUGGAGAAGGCCAAGCAGAAGUCAGCCCAGCAGGAGCUGAAGCAAAGACAAAGAGCAGAGAUCUACGCCCUCAACAGAGUGAUGACGGAGCUGGAGCAACAGCAGUUUGAUGAGUUCUGUAAGCAGAUGCAGCCUCCUGGAGAGUGAGACUGGCUUUUGAGGUCCAAGCAGCUGUCCUGGAGGCUUUUGGGGAGUUCACUUUAAACUGCAAUGGUUACUUGGGAGCCUUACCGAACUAGACACGAAGACUUUUGCAUUACUCCUAAAAUUGGAUCAGUCUGACUUUUGUCACUUUGGCUUUGGUGAUUUCUCCAAAUUGACCAAGUGCUCACUGGAGACUUGUUUUAUUCUAAGACAAUAGAUUUUAAAAAAAAAAACAUUUUUAUGUUGUGUGAGAAAAAAAAUCAGUGUUUCUUGUAAAACUCAAUCCCUGAAAAUACAAAUAAAAUUAGUAAAAUGUU